AUGCAGCCCGAAAUCCCCCCAACUUAUGAAGAAACCACACAAGGCUCUAAAGCCAUGAUGGCAGAUUUUAUCAGUAGAAUUAAACGUGCGUCAAAUUGGAGGAGCUUGCAAUAUAUCCUCUUGGCAGACGUCGGACUCAGCCUCGACGACAAAUGCAAAGCCAUGGAAAACGCAGUCAAUAUCCCAGCCAUUACCGAAGAGAAGGACACUGUAUCACUUGAAGACGCACUUUGGCUUCAGGGCUCACAUAAGCUUGCUCAGUCGGUGUGCUAUUAUUAUCACAUCGCAUGUACCUCAGCGGACAGAAGCUGGUGCAAAGCACUGAUUGAAGCUGAUAUUGAGAUACGCUGGAUUGUCCAACGAAUGAUCUGGAUUCAUCACCAGCUACAAGUCGUCGCCUACAGGAAGGCGGCCUUCGAAGAAGCCCUCAAAGCGCUGAGCCCGAAAGUAGGUCGGCAGCACGAGGACUCGCAAGGCAAAGAGCGCACAUCUACUGGUAUCUCUCAGCGGAGCUACGCGAAGACUGCGUGA